GUGCCAACAGAGAGGAAGAGCGAAAGUGAAAGUGUAAAGUCAGUGGUGUGUUCAGACUCCAUUUUAAAGUGCACAGAGCAGUGAGAGGAAGACAGGUCGUCUGAGACACGUUCUCUCAGAUUUGGGAAGAUGGAUGAUUUGGAGGCAGACGGGGACAGAUCAGAGUCUCCAGUGUCCAGCUGUCAGCUGUCUUUGAAGAGUGACCGCAGCAAAGAUCAACCUCUAGUCUUCAGUGAUGAACCUGGACCCUCAGACACAAAAGAGAAGAAGAGGAGUCAUGUUUCUGUGGAGGAGCAGCCGUCCUGCUGUAGUUUGUGUCAGGACGUCCUGAAGGAUCCAGUCUCUACCAGCUGUGGACACUGGUUCUGCAGACAGUGCAUCAGCUCAUACUGGGACCAGUCUGCUUCAUCAGGAGACUCCUCCUGUCCCCAGUGUGGAGAAGGAUCCAGAACAAGAGCUGGACUGCAGACAGCCAGUCAGACCAGCACUGUACAAAGUAAGACUGUACAUCUGUCUGCUGAUGUCAUCAUGUCUGAAAACAG